GCCUAGUGGACACUGCUAAUCCUAAAAAAGACUGUGUGCUACUUACUUCCUAUCAAUCACUAAACCACAGGUAGUAUUCAUUCACCUAGUGUUUAGCUGAGCAGUCAGGGAGGAACAGAAGACACAAAAACAACUUAGUAGGUGUGAGUGUGUGUACUCUGAUAUAUACAUAUAUAUAUAUAUAUAUAUAUAUAUACACACACACAAUAUUUACACCUGCUGAAAAGAAAACUACAAACACUUCCGAUGAAUUAUUACGAUGGAUGUUAUGAAAUAUGAUCAAACUACAGACAAAUUGAUAUCUCAAAUUUAAACAAUAUAAUGAAAUUUUAAUAAUGUAAUGAGGUGACACAUGGAAAUUACGCAUUCCAAAAUGAAAUUCAACCAACUGCAUAUAAUUUGGAUAUUACAAUUCCAGGUAGCUGCUUCAGCUUUCAAUGAAACAAUUAACAUCAAACACACUUGUUAUAUCAAUAACUUUACAAUUUUCUGCAAAAACAUUGAUUUACAUAAUAAAAACUUAAACUUUGAACAGCUCAAUGGCACAUAUAUGUUAUAUCUUAUCGGAACAAAUCUACACUCUCUACAGGAGAAUGUUUUCAAUGGUACUCAAAUUAAGCACUUAUCAAUAUCUGACAAUCCAUUAACAGUAAUUGACAAAAAUGCAUUUGGUGGACAAGAAGAAUUCUUGGAAAGCUUAGAGCUAUCAACAACAGAUACAACAGAACUAGUUGAUUUUACAGCCCUUCAAAACCUGUAUAACCUUGAAACUCUUGAAAUUGAGAAUUUCUAUAUGAACCAGAAUUUAAACAAUUUUACUUCUGAUAAGCUAACUAAACUGACAAAACUCUCUUUAAUAAACAAUAAAAUUAAAUUCUUCAGCACAAAAGCUUUUGUACAUUUGGGGAAUUUAACCCAACUUCACAUUACAAAAAAUGAAUUGGAAAAAAUACCACUUCCAGAAAUCUUCAAAUAUUUACACAACUUACAACAUCUUGACAUGACAGAAAAUGCUAUCGAAGAAAUAAGUAUGGGAAAUUUGCAAGAAAAUAGAAAACUAGAAAAUUUGUAUUUAAUACAAAACUCUAUCUCAAGAGUUGAUGAAUUUGCAUUUCAAAAUAUUGAGAACAGCCUUCAACAUUUAGACUUAAGUAUAAACACAAUUACAGAAGAUCAUCUGAAACAUUUUAAAAACCUUUCAAAACUUGAAACCCUCAACUUCAAUUACAAUAGAAUUAAAAGUCUAUCAGGCGACAUAUUUCAAAAUAUGAAUAAACUGAAAACCUUGUCAGUGACAAAUAACCAACUUACUAAAUUGCAAAAAACACAUUUAAAAGGUUUAAUUAAUCUUAAAGAACUAUCUCUAAAGAAAAAUCAAUUGAUCAUUGAGGCCACAACAAUGACUGAAGUGCCUCUCUUAGAAAUUUUAUAUUUGGAUAAUCAAAAUCUAAAAGGAACUAUGGAAAUAAAAUGGUUAGAAAAUACCAGUGGAACACUGAAAAAAUUAUCGUUAAAAGGCAAUAGUUUUAAUAACAUAGAUCUUUGGACAGCAAUUAAAACAUUACCACAUUUGGAAUUCUUGGAUCUUUCCAAAUGUAAUCUAGCAGUAAUCCCUGCUUUUGCAUUUGAACAGAACUCAAAGCUAAAAGCCAUAAAGCUAAAUGACAACAAAUUAGAGAGUUUAGAGGAAGGUGCAUUUCAAGGUCUACAAAACACUUUAGAGUCUAUUAAACUCAGCAAAAACCAGCUCCAAGUUGUGGACGAAUGUGUUUUUAAUAAUUUCAACUGGCCAGAAAAGGAAUAUUUCAAUAUAGACCUCAGCAAUAAUAAACUGGUGUGUAAUUGUUCUCUUCAUUGGCUUCAAGUUCAGGUGCAAGAGUUUAUUAAGAAAUCUAAUGAUGUCUUUUUAUCUGUUAAUUACUGGAAGUGCCUCACUGCUAAUGGAGAGGAAUUGAUUGCAACUACAAAUUUGACCUGUGAUAGUAAUACAACAGUUUGCCAAGACUUUGGAUCAAGAUAUACAACACAAACUGCUCAAGUAAUUUCAACAGUUGAAUUAUCAACUAUUGGUAAUAUAAGUACUCAAACUAAACAAGAGACCUCCAUGGAAACAACCAAGGAAAGUUCUAUUUCAACUACAAGUUCAACACCUAAACUAGAGACUGCUACGAAAACAACUGAAGAAAGUGGUCUGUCAACUACAAAUUCAAUUACCAAAACAACUCCAAAACCUUUUCAGAAACCUAACAUUACAAUUAAACUUUACAGAGAGGCUUCAAAUGUUAAAAUAUCAUGGAAUAUAUCAGAUCUAUCCAGGGUAAGGUAUUUUAUUUUACAAAUUAAGGAAAUUCUUCCUAAUCAAGAAAGGAAAGCUCAAUCAGUACUAAUACACAAAUUAACACAAUUCCAUAUAUAUCCAUAUUUAAACAGUGAAUCAAUAAUACAUAUUUGUAUCAUUGUUAAUAUGACUGCUAAUAGCAAUUUAAUUGAUGCCUGUGAUACUUUACGCCCAAAAGAAAAAGAGCACAGCCCAAGUACGAGCAGCAAAAAUACAUUAGAGAUAGGACUAGGAAUUGGUGUAUUUGUUGCACUUUUAAUCCUUGUUAUUUUACUCUGUGUAUUAUACAGAAAUCGUAAAAACAAUAAGAAACAUAUAUAUGAAGAACCUACAACUCCAGAAAGGACACAAGCCAAUUUAACACCAAAAACUAAACGUUAUACAAGAAAAAAACCAAAUGAAACUAAAGUGCCAACCAUUUCUGUAAUAUCUCAUGGUCAAGUUCAGCCAGAUCAACAGCUUUCUGCAGGAAGCUACCAAUAUUUGGAUAACCCUGGUUUUACACUAGGUGAAAAAUAUGAAGAAAUUCAGAACCCCCAAAUUGUGCAAGAUAAAGCAAUAGACAAUAAGGAAAAUAUAAGGAAUGGUGGUAAGAAAAGUACUUUCCAAGAUCAAUCAUUACCUAUAAAUAAUUUACCUGCACAAAGAGAAUCACAUUUGAAUCAUGCACAAAGACCUUUACCAAGUCUUCCAAAGAAUGAAGAUGGUAAUAUUUCAAGCAAUAAAAAUGAAAUUAUUUAUACCACACUUGAACUGGUAGAAAGUGAUGUAUAAAUAUGAACUUUUAAAAGUCA